CCCUGUGCUACGAGGAGUCUCCCGACCUUCUGAGUCGCGGCGAACUCGGGUCCCAUUGCCGGAGAGCGCGGAGCCGCCCGCCAGCCCGGCACCAUGAGCGGCGACUUCCGGCGCGUGGCGAUACGGCGCAAGUCCAACCUGCCCCACCUGCCGCCGGGGGUCCCGCGGCCCUGGAGCGCCCCUGCCCAGCGCGUGGGGCUGGGGGGGCUGCCUGCCCCCGGGGGCCGCGCAUGCGCAGAGCCGGCAGGCAGCAGUACACGUCCAAAGGUCGCUCUGGUCCCACCGUGUCUGACAAGCAGCACGACCACACUGGUUAACCAGAAUGUGUCGGAAGAGGCUCAGGGAAUAAAUGGGAAGACACGAGCGAAACGCUGUGCUCCGAGUCCAAAGCCGCAAGUGCCUCCAAAGCCAAUACAUCUGCAGCAUUCACCUUCGUCCAAUAUACACCAAACCCCCAGACAUAAAGCUUUACCUAGAGCAAAACCCAGGAUGGAGGAAGUUAAACCUGCCUCUGCUUCUUGUGUCUCAAAAGAAAAACCCAGUAAGGUAUCAGAUCUCAUCAGUCGCUUUGAAGGAGGCAGUGCGUUGUCUAGUUACAAUGAUCUGAAGAAGGACUCUGCUGUGAACCCCAGCACUCCCCGCACCCCAGGCCGGCACGGAUUGACACCCACGGCUCCACAGAAGCCUGUAUCCCAGCACACAGUGCAGAGGCCGGGAGAUGACACAGAUCCAGCUCAGGCCGGACAGGCCCAGGUGGCCAACGGCAUGAUGGCAGCGCCACUGCAGCAGGCAGAGUGUGGGACGGGUGUGGUGGCCUCACCCAGCCAAGAUCCUCCAGUUCAGGCCACCACGCCCUCACUGGAAGUGCAUUUACUGAACGGAGAGCAAGAGGCAGCCACCACAGGCUCCAUGUUGCCUGUCUCCGAUGACCUCGAUGGUGAUGCUUUGGACAGUAGCUGCAGGACUCCAGGUGCAGGCCCAGAGCUCCCCCUGAAGGGAGAGGUGGCUGAGACUGAAGCCCGGCUCCAGGAGGGGGAGAAUGGAGAGAGCCCGGGGGAUCAGGAGCAGCACCCCGAGACCAAGGAAACAAAUGAGCAAAAACUUCACAAAAUAGCCAAUGAACUUUUGCUCACAGAAAGAGCUUACGUCAACCGACUUGACCUCUUAGAUCAGGUAUUUUAUUGUAAACUAUUGGAAGAAGCAAACCGAGGCUCAUUUCCAGCAGAGAUGGUGAAUAAAAUCUUUUCUAACAUUUCAUCAAUACAUGCCUUCCAUAGUAAAUUCCUAUUGCCAGAGCUGGAGAAACGAAUGCAAGAAUGGGAAACCACUCCUAGAAUUGGAGACAUCCUUCAAAAACUGGCACCAUUCCUUAAGAUGUAUGGAGAAUAUGUGAAGGGAUUUGAUAACGCAAUGGAAUUGGUUAAAAACAUGACAGAACGAAUUCCCCAGUUCAAAUCAGUGAUUGAAGACAUUCAGAAGCAGGAGAUCUGUGGGAGCCUGACUCUGCAGCACCACAUGCUGGAGCCCGUUCAGCGGAUUCCCCGCUAUGAGAUGCUUCUGAAGGACUACCUAAGGAAGCUGCCUUCCGACUCCCCGGACUGGAGUGAUGCAAAAAAAUCACUUGAAAUUAUAUCUACAGCAGCAAGUCAUUCUAAUAGUGCAAUAAGAAAAAUGGAAAACCUAAAGAAACUCUUAGAGAUUUAUGAAAUGUUGGGAGAAGAAGAAGACAUUGUCAAUCCUUCAAAUGAACUAAUAAAAGAGGGACAGAUACUCAAACUAGCUGCUCGCAACACAUCAGCACAAGAACGCUACCUGUUCUUAUUCAACAACAUGUUGCUCUACUGUGUGCCCAGAUUCAGCUUGGUGGGCUCAAAAUUCACAGUGCGGAACAGGGUUGGAAUCGAUGGAAUGAAAAUCAUAGAGACUCACAAUGAAGAAUAUCCACAUACUUUCCAGGUGUCUGGGAAAGAGCGAACGCUAGAACUGCAGGCCAGUUCUGAGCAAGACAAAGAAGAAUGGAUCAAGGCCCUUCAAGAGACUAUUGAUGCUUUUCAUCAAAGGCAUGAAACCUUCAGAAAUGCAAUUGCAAAGGAUAAUGACAUUCACUCUGAGGUCUCUACCGCGGAGCUGGGGAAGAGAGCCCCACGGUGGAUCCGAGACAAUGAAGUGACCAUGUGUAUGAAGUGCAAAGAGUCGUUCAACGCACUGACUCGGAGGCGGCACCACUGCCGAGCCUGUGGACAUGUGGUUUGUUGGAAGUGUUCUGACUACAAAGCCCAACUGGAGUAUGACGGAGGAAAGUGGAGCAAAGUUUGUAAAGACUGUUAUCAAAUAAUAAGUGGAUUCACAGACAGUGAAGAAAAGAAAAGGAAAGGAAUCUUAGAGAUCGAAUCAGCAGAAGUAUCAGGAAACAGCGUGGUAUGCAGCUUUCUUCAAUACAUGGAGAAGUCGAAGCCUUGGCAGAAAGCUUGGUGUGUGAUUCCCAAGCAAGACCCUCUCGUGCUGUACAUGUACGGGGCCCCCCAGGAUGUCAGAGCGCAGGCUACAAUUCCACUUUUGGGUUACAUCGUAGACGACAUGCCAAGGAGUGCGGACCUGCCACACAGUUUCAAACUGACCCAGUCGAAGUCUGUGCACAGCUUUGCUGCAGACAGUGAGGAACUGAAGCAGAAGUGGCUAAAAAUCAUCCUCUUAGCUGUCACAGGUGAGACACCAGAUGGUCCAAAUGAGCAUCUAGCCAGCCUGGAUGAUCACCCCGAACCUAAGAAUAAAUCCGAAUGCUGAAUUCCUGCAAGAUGUACAACGAGAGACAUUGCCAGCUCUCGUUGCUCAUUUCUUAGCACUUUAUGUUGAAAAUACAGGCUCAUGAGCUGGGGAUUUAGCUCAGUGGUUCUGGCGCCUGCCUCGCAAGCAGAAGGUCCCAAGUUCGAUCCCCGGUACCAAAAAAAAAAAAAAAAAGAAAAGAAAAAAAAGAAAAUACAGGCUCAUAAAUGCAUCUGUGGGGGACUAAUUUCUUAUGUUUGUGUACUCUUGGUAAAAUUAAUGUGCACCGCCAUUCUCCUGAUAAAGUUUAGAAGUAAUGUGAAAAAUGGAGAUUUUUUUAAAAUCAGCUUUUCCUUAAACGUGCUUUCUGUCUUGAAGAAAAUGGUGUUGAUUGUGUCACUACCAGGUAGAAUGGUCCACUUUCAUUACAGAAAUCCUUCAUUGUCUCUCCUUUCUACAUAGGACCUGUAACAGUUUGAAAGAUAUACCUCCAUAUUGCCAAAAUAGAUCCAUGGUGAAAAAUACAGGGACAAGUUAGGGAAUUGUAUUAACUUACUUAGUUUAUAAAUCUCAAGCUGCAUAAAUGGUGUCCUUUUACAACGAGAAAAAGGACAAAUUGUGGUGUUCAGACUUCUGACUUAUUAAAAAUAAGAUACGUGUUUUUGUAGAAAUACUCCUAAGAAUACAAUAUCUAAAGUACAUAGCAAUUACCUGUGUAUAGUAUCAAAUAUAUACUAUACAUGCUUUUCUCUUCAGCUUUAGGUUCACAUUCAUCUUUAAUUUAUUAAACUUUAAAGCAUGUUUUAUCUUGGAAUUGAGCAGUGUUCUAAACUUAAGUGUUUUUGGUGAUUUAUGUUUAACAGAUUGGUAUCUAAGGGUAUUGAUAUUUUUAUAAUAAGAAAAAGUAAUUUAUGUGGCAUGGGAUAUAUUAAAUAGUGAAUUCCAACAGUAUUUUUAGAGUACUAUUUUUUUGGUCUGUGCCUAUUUAAAACAGUGCCUCUUUUAGAAGGUGCUAUUAAUAGCUGUUUAAAUAUAAGGGUGAGGGUUUAGCUAAUAUUUCUGUCUUGAUUAUUUUGAAGUUAAAAUGCAUUUUAAUCACUGGGUUAGUCAAAGGCAUACGGGUUAUUUUAUCCUUUACAGUAAUAUAAUUGUUGCAGUAGUUAACAUCAGCAUGUACAAAAAUCUUUACCAAAACUUGAACUGAUAAGACACCUGACCUUACACAGAACUGGAAUAUUUGGAAACUACUUUUACCCUUUCUCUAAGCCUGUUAUGGGGAAAUAAUGACUGUCUAUAAUGAAUGCUCCAGAUAACCUUGUGGGCCUAUUCUUUUGUCAGAUAUGGGGCAGGGUUUGGUUGAUAGAUAGUAAAGGAAGUUUAUGUUCAGCCACCUCACCAGAAAAAAGGGAAAACAUUAGAAAAAAACCAAUAUUUUAAUGGCAGAUUUUCUGAAUGAUUGAAGAAAGUGAGAAUUUUUUUCCCUUUUAUCCUCUGAAAUUUGACAAAUUACGAUUCUUUGUUACCAAGACUGUUAAAAUUCCACAUGGAUCAUUUAACUUAAUCCUUUCCCCAAAUUAGAUCCCCUCCUUUCACUGACAUACCCCGUGCAUUACCACUUUUUAUCCACAAGAAUGACCCUGUCAUCCUCAGACUUGAGGACUACAUCUUAAAUGGAGACUAGACUGACUCCGAAUCUGAGACUGCCUCACAUGUGUUCAGGCCUUGUUGCUUUAAGAAAUAAAUAGCUCUUAUUUUGUUCCACGCCAGAGAAACAAGUGAACCAAUUAUGGAUGAAAAUUAGGUUUCCUUCCUGCAUGACAGGAAUGCCAGCCAUGAUCAUUAACAUUAAACCAAAUAUUUUAGGUAGCUUCUUAUGCCCUAUUAAAUCAGGCCAAACUAAAAGAAAUUUUGCAUUCCUUUCUCUCAGCUGCCCACUGUGUGUGUGUGUGUGUGCACACGCGCGCAACAGAGACAGGCAGACAUAGGUGUUUGAAGCAGUAAUUGAGAAAAUUAAACUACAGCUAUAGAUGCUACUUUGGUUUCUUUAACCUCAAGAAAAGAGAAGCGAUAAAAAUUUAGGAUGAUUAUCAGAUGAAGACUUUCAUAAUUGUGUUUAGAACAAUGGGUGUAUGUGACAAUUAAAUUUGAGUCAGAUUUUUCUUGAAAACUAUUUGAACGGCAAGAAUUUAUACUUACCCUACCAUUAAGUUCUUCAGGAAUAGAUGUAACGUGGGUAUAUUAAACCUUAGGUUAUUGAAUACUGUAAAGAGAAUAUUUAUUACCAUGCUUUACAUUAAUUUUCAUUAACUUAUUAAAAAUGGGAAAUAUUAAGAUUUCUGGCUAUCCAGUCACCGUCUUCACUUUUUACCCCACAUUCUUCAGCCAGGCACAAAGAGAAGCAGUGAAUCAGCCUUACUCAUUUCUCUUUUAAAGAAUCAUUAAUAGUUUUACUUGGAGGGAGGCAAAGGAAUGUUUUGGGAACUUUUUAAACAUUCAGCUGAACUAAAAUACCUCAAUGAGCAGCUGGGUACAGAAUAGUGUUUUUCCUCUCCAAGACACCUGAACUGACCUGACAAAUUGCACCUAAAAAAAAUAAAAUCAGGGCCUGGGAUUUAGCUCAGUGGUUCUGCUGCCUGGCCUCAUAAGCGGAAGGACCCGAGAGUUUGACCCCGGUACCCAAAAAUAAUAAUAAUAAUAAAAUAAAAUCAUUGGUUGCUUUUCCCUAUUAAAAUCAAUGUUCUAUAUGGGCCUUAAUUUGUUAUUGUCUCUGAUUUGGUGCUUUCCCAAGUCAUCCUUUUUUAAAGCUCCCUUCCUUCAAGCUUUUUAAAAAUACUUCUUGAGUAAAACUGCUAUUCAUUAGAAAACAUUUUGAUUUUUUUAAGCUUAAAUUUUGCUUUGUUGAAAGUCUGCCAUUUAGUACCAUAAGUGCGAGAGGAGAUUGCAGACUUUAUCUCAUGGUUGUAAGUGAGCUUGAUAAUGAAAAAUGCCACCAGACACUUUGGUAAUAAUGCCAUCUACCAAUGCCAUCAUGUAUUCAAGCAAUAAAACUUUCCUGGUGUGGUUUUCUACUGAAAGUUUAAUGUGGAGGACCCUAGCCACAAGCAUAGAGAGAAUUAACUUCCUAGAAGUGAUAUGAUGAUACAUAUUGCUGAGUAAAGGGAAGAGAAUUGGGGAUGGGGGAAUCAUUCCUAUUCAAAUAUAGUGGACCCUUGACUUACGAACUCAAUUCGUUCUCUAGGGCGGUUGUAACUCAGGUUGGUCAAUUGAAGGCUCAGGCUCUUCUACACCGCCUUCAAAGUCUCUCUCCUGUAUACGGGCAGAUCUCAGUGUCCUUAGAGAGACAUUGGCCCAGGGUUUCUCAAUCCCACUUAGGAAAGGAUGUCAUAAUGUUCCUUCCAGAACUCUUUAAGGGUUAAAUCUGUAUCUGAGACCAUCUAGAAGCACAAGCACCUGGCAUUCGGGUUGUAACUCAAGACUCUGUAAUUUAAAACUAAAAUUCUGGUGGUAACCCGAGUUGUUCAUAUGUCCAGCCAGUUGUAACUCGAGGGUCCACUGUACUAUCAAAAACAUUUUUACUUUCAGAAACGGUAUAGGUAGUAAAACAGUUAAAGCACACCUGCACUAUUAAGCUAUAUUUUGUUGUCCAUGAAGUUCAAUUCAACAUAUAUGUUGGCAUACUUAUUCUCACUUGGCUGUCCUACUACAAAUUUUUUUAAUUACCAAAAUUUUUACAGGAACUACCUUUUCAAAUUUCUCUGUGGAUUUUGUUAGAGUACUUAUUCUAGUUAGUUAUUUAGUUAUAAAGAAAACUGUUAAAACUUCCUGGUAUUGCAGGGUUGUUAAAGAUCCAUUGAUGCCUUCUAAGAACCUUUUCUCAAAAAUACUUCUGCAAGUUCCUAUUUCUAUCUUUUUCUUAUUUCUAUUUUAUGGAGACAGUGUGGGGCUUUCUCCUCCCUUCACAUUUUAGAUCUCAUUUCUUUGUAUCUAAAGCCUUAAGUUAUUCUGAGCAUAGUGUCUGUGAUACAUCUCUAAUCAUGACUUUUCUAUAUAAUGUGUAUAUCUGGAGGAAUAGCACCAAUGAGAGCAAAUAAAUUUCUAGGGAACAAAGGUCUAAUUUUUUUGGCAAGUAUCCUUGCUAUAAUGCAGAGUAGCUAUAUGAAAAUUUAUACAUCACAUGAUAUUCAUAGUUGUCUUAAGGAUUAAGCACAUGGACUUUAUCAGCUAAAAUCUGAAAGACAAGAAUGUCUUUGUUUUUAUUCUAAAAUUUUGAAUUCUCCAAGCAUGUGUCAAAAUCAGAACUGGGGCUCACCAGUUCCUAUUCUUAGGGCUCUAUUGAUAUCUGAUAUCUAUAGUGAAUCAUUUUACUUCAUUCUUACCCAGUUUUAUUAAAAUCAAACCACUUUUCAUUUUCAUACCACAUACUGUCUUACUAUAGCUUCUCUAGAUUUAGAAAGUGAGUACGUGUUAUGUAGAGACCUCUAGGUCUACUUAAAAACCCUUUCUGUGAAUUUAUACCUCUAUGUACAUAUGUAAAAAUGGUUGAUUUUCAAUUCUCUCCUUCCAUAGGAAUGAAAUUUUUAUAGAAAUUUUUCUUUAAGUAUUUUAACAUAAAUUAUUCACGUGGAUUUUUAAUGUAUAAUUCAUCCUUUUACAUGCCCUCACUCUUAUUUUGUCGGGGGAUAGGAUGGACAGGAAUGAGAUUAGAGACUGAAACAACCAAGAAUGAACAGAGAGAAGAUAGAUAGGCUGCUCGUCUCCAGAUCAGAGCCAUGGAUGUUAGGAGGAAAAUACUCAGAUUGCACAAGGAGUAUGAACUAUAAGAUACAAAUCCACGUACUUGCAUGCUGGUGUGACCCACUGCACCCAGGCUCUGACCUUGGCUUCUAAGUUACAGACUGCAGAAUCUUGUCAUUUUAUUUUCUUUAAGGUUUUAAGAGAUAAUUUCAUUCUCUUGGACCAUUUUCUCUGCAGUUUACUGGGGCAAACAUUCCUCUAAUGCCAGUCAUGGUAUUAUACUCUCUCGACUAAACCCUUGGCAGAGCACAGUGUCUUCUACAUUGAGGUGAAAUAGCACAAAGCUUCUACAAGUUAACCUGUGGAGGCCCUGAGUUACAUAAAGGUCGUCCCUUUUCCUAAAAUUCAUUGUGGUAGGUUUGGUGAAAAAGCAAAUCAAGAAAUCUUCGUAUAUUUUAAUAAGUUAAUACUAAAUAGAGUGAAAUAUAGGUUUGGAAGAAACAGUAGUCUGUGGGAACCAUUAUAACAGAAUCAAAUUAUAUAUUACAUAGUAUAUGGAUACUGGAAUUAUCAUGGGGGGUUGUCUUUCAUUAGCAAAACAAUCGUUAUCUAUAUAGAAAAGGUUUUUUUUUUUAAAAAAAAGACUAGGAUUUCAUCUUGUGACAAUUGACUGGUGUUUAAAAAUAAGUAUUAUCUUGAUUGUUUUUAUUUGUUGACUAAGUUUGAGAAGAUGUGUUAUCAUAAUUUCAGAGUUGACUCUAAUGUGAAAACUGUACAUAAUGAUUUUUCUUUGCUAGCUGUAUGAAUGUAAAAUACUUGCAGAUAGUGUAUAUACUGUGUAACAUAUGUAUAUUUGGUCAUAAAGGCAGAUAAUUGAAAACAUUGUAAAAUUAAGCACUUUAAUUCCUAUUAAAUAUUAAACAUUUGUAUCUUGUAAAUAAACAUCCUUAAAUCAUU